CACGAAUCUGUCAUGGAGGACGACGACCUCGCCAGAGCUAUCGCCCUGAGUUUACAGGACCAGGGACCUCCGCCGAGAGAGGUGAUUAACCUUGACAGCGACCCCGAGGAUGAUCAAGAGGCCGAGUUUCAACGGCAGCUUCAGCUCGCCCUUGAAGCUUCCAAGGCAGAGGAAAGGGCGAAGAAGAGGGGGAAAUCAGCCGAGGUCCAAGAGGAGCCGAAGACCCAAGAAGCUGAACCUCCUCAGGUGGUUGCCUCUUCAUCGUUCUUAUCAGAGAGGGCCAAGCUCGAACGGGAACGGUUGGAGAGGGUAAGAAAGCUACAGGAACAAAGGGGCAUUUCUACUUCCAGUAGCACACGCAGAAGCAGCCCAGAUGAUAGUAGCAGUGACGACGAGGAUUCGAGGCCGCAUAAACGGCCUAAUCUUGGGUCUACCACAAGCUUUGGGCAGUCUAAUUCGAAAGCUUCAAGCAGCUCCAGACCUGCUGCCUCUGGGGCUGAGGGCGAGCUUUUCUGGAACGGAGAGUUCCGCCAAACUGCUACCAGAGGUGUUGAUCCUCGUGCAGAUGGCAAACCCACCUUUCGCUUAACCCAAGUCCUAGGGGAGAAGAAGGAUCUGACAUUCGCAAUCAUAUCCUCCUUUGCCUUGGAUCUCCCAUGGAUAUACGAGUUUUUCGACCGCUCAGUGCCUGUUAUUGUCGUCGCUCAGCCAGACGCUACUGGACAGGCGAGUAUGAAGAACGUGCUUCCCAACUGGAUUAAGACUACGCCACCUCUGCGCGGCGGAUAUGGCUGCCAACAUAUGAAGUUUAUGCUCCUUUUCCACAAAACGGGUCGCCUUCGCGUGGUCGUCUCGACAGCGAACUUGAUCUCGUAUGAUUGGCGCGAGAUGGAAAACACUGUCUGGCUCCAGGACGUCCCUCUGCGCUCUUCGUCUUCAACGGCGCCUGUGCGGGCGACGGAUGACUUUCCUGGCACCCUCCUAUACAUGUUGGCGGCACUUAACGUCGUCCCUGCCCUGAAGAUCAUGAUCAACGAACACCCCAACCUGCCCAUUAAGACCAUCGAAGAGUUGCGAGAACGAUGGGACUGGAGCAAGGUCAAAGCCCACCUGGUCCCGUCUAUCGCUGGAAAACACGAAGGCUGGCCCAGCGUGAUAAAAACCGGUCAUCCUCGGUUAAUGGCGGUUGUCCGUAAGAUGGCCAUGAGAACCGGGACAGGGUCCCAAGCCAAGAAGCUGACCCUCGAAUGCCAGGGGUCUAGUCUGGGCAACUACACUACCCAAUGGUUGAACGAGUUUUAUUAUUCCGCUCGGGGGGAAUCCGCCGAGGAUUGGCUGGAUAGGUCAAAGAAACAGCGCGAGAAGCAGCCUUAUCCGCCCGUCAAAAUCAUCUUUCCAACCAAGAAAACCGUUCAAGAGUCCACCUUUGGCGAGCAGGGUGGCGGCACUAUUUUCUGUAGAAGAAGGCAAUGGGACGGGAAAAACUUUCCCCGGGAACUCUUCCAUGAUUCGAAGAGUAAAGCAGGACGUUCGCUGAUGCAUUCAAAGAUGAUCAUAGGGACACUCCGUGACAGCACACACGCUUCGACGAGCCAAGACGGUAGCGAAACCGAGGACUCUGACGACGAAAUCCAGAUAAUCCAACCUGCCGUGGGAUGGGCCUACAUUGGAUCUCACAACUUCACCCCAUCUGCGUGGGGAACCCUCUCGGGCUCUUCGUUCAAUCCAACGCUCAAUAUCACCAACUACGAAGUGGGAGUUGUCUUCCCGUUAAAAGAUGAUGCCGAAGUCGAGAAGGUGGCAUGUUUCCAAAGGCCACCGAAGAAAUACGUCGCAGGCAAAGAUGAACCCUGGAUUCAAGAAGAGUCUGUUCAUCAUCAAACGCAACUUGUUUGA